AUGCACACCGGCUGCAUCUCGCUUCUCCAGCAGAUUUCGCAAGGAUUUGGGAAGGAGAUCCGGACGGAGUGUCUCCAGCAUGUAUCUCUGAGUGUUGUACAGGUUGGAGAGGAAAUCGCAUUAGACUUGAUUGCAUUUGCUGAAUGGCCUGUGGCCCAGCGUCGACUGAGCGACGUGGAGAGUUCUGGAGAUGGAGAUGAGUUAUAUGAUGAUGAAGACUUCUCCUCUGGAUCCGGCUCUGGCUUUCCAGAUAUGGAUGUUCGUCCGAGUGCAGCAAGUGUGGCUUUCACUACAAAGGAGCCCCUCCCACUUUCCACCACACAGGCCACAGGCCCCGCCCCCUCGGCCCCCCCGGCCGCCGAGCCCAGCCGCCCACCUGCACCUGAGCUGGAGCGAGAGAGCGGCCUGGGACAAGAUGUAGACACAGACAGCAAACCGGAAAUGGAGAACGAGAAAAAGUGGGAGAUUGAGGAGGAGGAUAGAGAUCAGGAAUCCGUGACGGAAAUAAGGUUGGACCAAGAGAGGCCGAAGGCUACGGUUGCACCGCGGUUGACUGAUGUUCCUGAAGUGUUCGUGGACUCAACCACCACUCUGGGUGAGACUACAGUGGCCCCUAGUGACCUGGAGGAAGAGGACGAUCUGUACAUUACUACAGAAACCAUGAUGUUUGAGCCAUCCACACCAGAGACCACCACUGAUGACAUCACAACCAUUGAGGUCAUGCCCACCACCGUUUCGUCCACCACUGUUAAAUCGACCAGAGCCCGCCCUGCUCCGACCACGCCAAGCCCCGCCCCCGUACGACCCCGGCAACCACAGACCACGCCAAGCCCCGCCCCCGUACGACCCCGGCAACCACAGACUACCCCGAGUAGAGCCGCCCCGACUGAGAGCAGCACUCGCUCGCUCAUGAGCUCCAGCACACAGACACAAACAACAGAUGAAACUGUAAAUAAUGAAGUUGCAGGACCAGGUCCAAGUGGUGACUUUGAGAUCCGCGAGACUGAAGCUGGCCAAGGCAACGAGCUCGGUCGAGGAAGAGGAGCAGGAGAACCGGAUCUGAGCGGGAACACAGUAGAUGCUGCCGGAAGCUCGGCUGCUCAACUUCCACAGAAGAACAUCCUCGAGAGGAAGGAGGUCUUGAUAGCGGUGAUCGUCGGAGGUGUAGUCGGAGCGCUCUUCGCUGCGUUCCUCGUAAUGUUACUCGUCUACCGGAUGAAAAAGAAAGAUGAAGGCAGCUACACAUUGGAGGAGCCUAAACAAGCCACCGUCACCUACCAGAAACCGGACAAGCAGGAGGAAUUCUACGCCUAACAUCCAUACGUUCACCUUCCUCCAUUUCUCCAACCUCGUCCCGUCUCUACCUGCCCCCCCCCCCCUCUUUCUUUUCAUCUCGCCCCUUUUCCUUUGAUCCCUUUCUUCCCUCGUUUCCCAAUGAGAGUGUCUCUCAUUCCACUGACUCUGAACUUUCUUUUCCAAAAAAAAAAAAAAAUACUGAAAAAGAUCAAUGUAGAAAAAAAAUUGAAUUGUUUGUGGGAGGGGCUUGGGCUAGGGGCGGGGUCAGCGGGGGCGGGGCUUGAGUCUACACAUACACAGAGAAGAAAAAAACUUUUUUAAGAACAUGUUAUUAUUGAUAUGUUUAGGAUUGUUGUUCUAUGGAAUUAUGACCAGAAUCUUUUUUUGUUUUUGUUUUUUUUGUAAAGACACUCCGUUUCAGACGUGUUUCCUGCACAAUAUUACUCUCAGACUGAAAACAUGGGAGCAAAAAAAAAGAAUAAACAGCAUGAACAAAAUGAGGGAGAGGAAAAGAACACAGUUGGGGGUCAUGGGGGGGGGAUUGUGCAAGUCAGGCGAGAGGGAGAAAAAGGAACAGAAAUAAGAGUUGCAUGGCAGAAGUAGAGUCUGUACUCGAAAUGCUCUUCUGUCACCAAGGUCAGUGAUCCAGCGUUGUGUGGUGCCUUCCAUUUCCCUGGUGCUAGAAACAGAGCUCGAGCAGAGCGAGUGUGUGUGUGUGUGUGCUUGCGCAUAUGUGUGCGAUUGUAUGUCUAAGGUGCCCUUGUGACCCCAGCCUAGACACACGCGCACACACGCGCGCACACACACUCCGACUCCCUCUGCUGGCGAGAGCAUGUGUCGGCACGACGGUACCCUCCACUUGGAGCAGGGAGCCCGAAACACCAACACAGCACAUUAAAAACACUGAAGGUUUGCUGUGAGGGAGCGCAUGCAUAGAAUCAGAGGACUAGCCUCUCCUCUGCUCUGUAUAAAAACUUUAGUAAUCAUUAGUAAUAAUCAAUAAUAUAUCAGCAGCUCUGAAUGGAAGGAAAUUGGUGAUCAUAAUAUUCGUAGUGAAGGAUAUUAUCUAUUUAGCUGUGCAGUAAGGUUUUAUCGGUGUAAAUAUCAACUUGACUUUUUUUUGUUUGUAAUGCUUUUAACCAUGCUAUUGUAGUAAAAAAUAAACACACACACACAUGCUAUGGA